AUGGCGCCCUCGUCAAGAGCUCUGAGCAAGCUCGCGGUGCCCCAGACGGGCGCCGUGCUGCUGCAGAACUCGCAGGCCGUGCCCAGACUGUACCUGCAAACGUCGCGCCGGAUUGUGUCUGCGCGACCCGCGGUGCGGCAGUUUCGGCGCCUCUAUACGAACGAUGCCGCGCCGGUCCCGCCUCCCAGGAGGUCGCGCUUCCGGGUCUUGAGGUGGACGUGGCGGCUCGGAUAUCUCUCGGCCCUCGCCGGCGUCGGUUACAUCGGCUACGGCGUCUACCAGGACCGGCACCCAGAGCCUCAGGUCGACCCCGACCCGUCCAAGAAGACCCUUGUCAUCCUUGGGACCGGUUGGGGCUCCGUUUCGCUGCUCAAGCGCCUUGACACCGAGAACUACAACGUGAUCGUCAUCUCGCCGCGCAACUACUUCCUCUUCACGCCGCUCCUCCCGUCAUGCACAAACGGCACGAUCGAGCACCGGUCCAUCAUGGAGCCGGUGCGGACCAUCCUCCGGCAGAAGAAGGGCCGCGUUAGGUUCUACGAGGCCGAGGCGAGCGCUAUUGACCCUGAGCGCAAGGUGGUGCGCAUCUUCGACACCUCGGAAAUCAGGGGUGACAUCAUCGAGACCGAGGUACCAUACGACAUGCUGGUGAUCGGCGUGGGUGCUGAAAACGCGACGUUCGGCAUCCCCGGCGUCCGCGAGCACUCGUGCUUCCUCAAGGAGAUUGGCGAUGCGCAGAAGAUCCGAAAGAGGAUCAUGGACUGCGUCGAGACGGCGGCCUUCAAAGACCAGUCGGCCGAGGAGAUUGACCGUCUCCUGCACAUGGUUGUGGUGGGAGGCGGCCCGACGGGUGUCGAGUUUGCCGGUGAGCUGCAAGACUUCUUCGAGCAGGACAUCAAGAAGCUGGUCCCGGAAAUCAGCGACCGCUUCCGCGUGACGCUGAUCGAGGCGCUCCCCAGCGUGCUGCCCAUGUUCUCCAAGCAGCUGAUCGAGUACACGGAGAGCACCUUCAAGGAGGAGAAGAUCAACAUCCAGACCAAGACAGUGGUCAAGAAGGUCACCGACAAGACGGUCGAGGCCGAGGUGACGCGUCCCGACGGCAAGAAGGAGACGGUCGUCUUCCCUUAUGGCCUGCUGGUCUGGGCGACGGGCAAUGCCGUGCGCCCCGUGGUCAAGGACCUGAUGGACAAAAUUCCCGCACAAAAGAACUCGCGCCGCGGCCUCGCCGUGAACGAGUACCUGGUCGUGCAGGGCACACGCGACAUCUGGGCCGUCGGCGACUGCGCCGUGGCCGGGUAUGCGCCGACGGCCCAAGUGGCCAGCCAGGAGGGCAACUUCCUGGCGCGUCUGUUCAACAACAUGGCCAAGACCGAGGCGCUCGAGGAGAAGGUGCGCGAGCUCAGCUCGUCGCUGAACCUGCAGCCGGGCAACUCGGCCGAGAUCUCGCGGCAGAUCGAGGAGUACGAGCGCCAGCUGCGGCGCAUCAAGGAUGUCAAGCCCUUCCACUACAGCCACCAGGGCAGCCUGGCCUACAUCGGCAGCGAGAAGGCCGUCGCCGACGUGACGUGGUUCAACGGCAACAUCGCGGCUGCGGGCAGCCUGACCUUCCUCUUCUGGCGCAGCGCCUACCUCAGCAUGUGCUUCAGCACGCGCAACCGUCUUCUAGUCAUCAACGACUGGCUGAAGUCGAAGGUGUUUGGUCGCGAUCUCUCGCGCGAGUAA